UUUUAUGUAACUCAAACUACUCUCUUUCUCAGCAGUCCCUGUAAAUGAUCAGUUGAUCACCUUCUAUUCUUCCUCUCUCUACUCUCUUCUCUCUUCUCUCACUAGAAUCAACUGUAGCGAGCUAAACAUAGUCUCUCUUUAUCUCUAAGUCAAUCUGACUUCACUAUAUGCAAUGACAGCAAUGCCUUGAGGUUUUCGCGCUUUCUUAAAUAAAGCUUCCACAAAGGUGCAAAAGUUUCCAUGCCACAAAGUUGUGUAUAGAAAUUCAGGAUGUUCUUUCAUUCUCUUGGAAUUCUGCUUUCACAAUUUAUGACUUCAGAUUCUUGAACUCUGUACACUUCUUAGCUUCUUUAUGUCUUCCUGAUAAUUUGUUUUGAUACUAAGUUUGGGACCCAUCUGCCAGAAAUACCAGAAAAUUCAAUAGAACAUAGUUAAUCUUCCCAUUUCUGAACCUUUUCAGAAGCCACAGAUUGCUGCAUCUAAAGCAACAAUGGCUCUGUAAAAGGUAUUAUUCCUAUUUCACUUGUGGUCUUGUAAAAUUCUGCCGUUUGAAUUUGGAUCAACUUGUGUAAGAAAAGGCAGUUUCUACUUUCCAACUGUAUUUUGAUUUCCGGUUUUCACUAGUAGUUGGAGUAAACUUCGCUUCCAUUCCAACGCCUUAGGCACCAUUGUAAAAAUUCUCAAAAGAGUUGAAAAAAUUCUACUUCAGAGCUAUUAGAAGCUUGUGAUAACAUCUCUAUAAAUCCAAAUUCUUGCUUGGUUUUGCUCUGGUUAGUGCAAACAAGAAAAUGAAGAAGCCUCCACAGCCAGAAGAAUUUGCUCUGAGGGAGACCUCACCAAAAAUUGCCGGGGCAGGGAUCACCACCGGAGAUAAGCUCACUUGUGCCUAUGACCUCGUUGAGCAGAUGCAAUACCUAUACGUCCGUGUUGUCAAAGCAAAGGAUUUAGUAGGGACGGAUGUCACAGGUAGUUGUGAUCCCUAUGUUGAAGUAAAGAUGGGGAACUACAAAGGGGUUACUCGGCACUAUGAAAAGAAGUCUAAUCCGGAGUGGAAUCAUGUUUUUGCUUUCUCCCAGGAUCGAAUCCAAGCUUCUUUCAUCGAUGUACUGGUGAAAGAUAAGGAUGUGCUUUUAGAUGAUCUCAUUGGCAAGAUUUCGUUUGAUCUUAUUGAAGUCCCAAAGCGUGUUCCACCGGAUAGCCCCUUGGCGCCACAAUGGUAUAGACUGGAAGAUGGGAAAGGGGGUAAAAUUAAAGGAGAGAUUAUGCUUGCCGUUUGGAAGGGAACUCAAGCAGAUGAGGCGUUUCCUGAUGCGUGGCACUCGGAUGCAGCAACAAUUAAGGAGGGCAUUGCCAAAAUCCGAGGGAAGGUAUAUAUGUCCCCUAAGCUUUGGUAUGUUAGAGUCAAUGUAAUUGAAUGUCAAGAUCUUCUACCUAGUGAUAAGAAUAGGGUGCCAGAAGCUUUUGUGAAGGUUAUCCUUGGAAAUCAAGCGUUGAAGACGAAAAUAUCUCAAGUUAAGAGUGUUAAUCCAAUGUGGAAUGAGGAUUUGAUAUUCGUUGUUUCGGAACCAUUUGAGGAGCUGUUGGUGAUAACUGUAGAAGAUAGAGUGGGAUCCAACAAAGAUGAGGUAUUGGGGAAGUGUGUGCUACCAUUGCAGAAUAUCCAUAGGAGGUUUGACAAUAAGGCUGUUCCGAGCAGGUGGCAUAAUCUUGAGAAGCAUUUGAUUGUGGAGGGGGAAAAAAAGGAUACUAAAUUCGCCAGUAGGAUUCAUACAAGGAUCUGUUUGGAUGGUGGGUAUCAUGUCCUGGAUGAAUCGACACAUUACAGUAGCGAUCUUAGGCCCACUUCAAAGCAAUUGUGGAAGUCCAGCAUUGGACUUCUGGAAUUGGGGAUCAUUAGUGCUACAGGGUUGUUGCCAAUGAAGACAAAAGAUGGCCGAGGAACCACUGAUGCUUUUUGUGUGGCUAAAUAUGGACAGAAAUGGAUUCGAACAAGGACAAUCAUUGACAACUUUUCUCCAAAAUGGAACGAACAGUACAGUUGGGAGGUUUUCGAUCCUUGUACUGUGAUUACAGUAGGGGCAUUCGACAAUGGUCAUGUACAUGGAGGGGGAAAGGAUUCAAGAAUUGGGAAGGUGAGGAUUCGGCUAUCUACACUAGAAACUGAUCGAGUUUACACUCACUCAUAUCCUCUUAUUGUCUUGCAACCUUCAGGAGUGAAGAAAACCGGUGAAAUCCAACUAGCUGUGAGGUUCUCGUGCACGUCUUUCGUCAAUAUGUUGCACAAAUAUACACAGCCCUUGUUGCCCAAAAUGCACUAUGUUCAUCCUCUGUCAUUAAUCCAGCAGGAUAUCUUGAGGUUCCACGCUACUCAGAUACUCUCGGUUAGGCUGACCCGUGCUGAGCCACCAUUGAAAAAAGAGAUUGUGGAGUACAUGCUUGAUGUGGGGUCACAUAUCUGGAGUGUGAGGAGGAGCAAAGCUAAUUUUUUCAGAGUAAUGAAUGUUCUAAGUGGUGUUACCGCGGUUGCAAAAUGGUUUGAUCGUAUCUGCCACUGGAAGAACCCUCUUACAACCAUCUUAAUUCACAUCCUUUUUGUGAUUUUGGUGUUGUAUCCUGAGCUGAUACUGCCCACAUUGUUUCUCUACCUUUUCCUUAUCGCGAUUUGGCAGUACAGACGGAAACCGAGACACCCUCCUCACAUGGACAUUCGACUCUCCCAUGCUGAUGCCAUUGGUCCUGAUGAAUUGGACGAGGAAUUUGAUACUUUUCCGACAUCCAAAGGAUCUGAUACUGUUCGGAUGAGAUAUGAUCGUCUGAGAAGCAUAGCCGGGAGGAUUCAGACUGUUGUCGGGGACUUGGCAAUGCAAGGGGAGAGGCUGCAGUCACUGAUAAGUUGGAGAGAUCCUAGAGCAUCUGCUCUGUUUGCGACAUUAUGUUUAGCUGCUGCUGUUGUUCUGUACGUUACGCCAUUUCAAGUUGUUGCCUUUCUUGCUGGCUUUUAUGUGUUGAGACAUCCUAGGUUCCGCCAGAAGCUUCCUUCACUGCCUCUCAACUUCUUUAGGAGGCUUCCAGCAAGAACAGACUGCAUGUUAUAGGUAUAUAUGCUUUGUAAUCUUAUUCUUUUUUUCUCCUUGUAAGCUGAUAUAUGUACUUUAUUUGAAUUCUGUUUAGUGUAACCAAAUAACGUUUUGAUUAGUAUUCUCAGUUUGAGCAUUAUUCAUGUAAUUCUGUCACCUUGUUAAUCUUGUGGUGAUUAAAUAUUAAUUCGCGCAACUUUGAACACAAAA